AUGCGAAACAUCGUCGGAGGCAUCUUGCUUGCUGCUGGCUUGUUCACAACAAAUGGAGGAGCAACCACUCUUUCAGGCGCCGCCUCAAGAGUACAAAAGCCAAGCCGCUGCCCAAUGGCAUGUGACACCUACGACUCAAAUGGGUGGUAUGUGUAUUCAAGUGCCUCGCGAGUCGCCAAAUGUAAUGAAACAAUGCUGCUCGAUUUUGCGAUUCACACUUCUUUGAAUGAUACCAAGACCCACAACACGAUUCACACGUGCAUCGCAGAAGGCUUGGAUACACAAUUCUUGAAGAACGAUGAGAUCAGCUGCUCUGGAGAAUUUCUCGCCUCUACGAUCGACUAUGAAGUUGGUCUUUGGAACUCAGCACCUACUACCGGAACAAAAGCCUCCGGGGUUGAAGUCCUGACCAACCUCAAAACAUUCCUUGUAGGCGACUGUCAAAAGUUAACUCUCUUUGGAUAUUCCGAUGGAGCUGCUGUUGGAGUAUACGUGGGCGCCGAUCUUGCAAAUGCCCACAACAUCGAAGUGGCUGUGGGAAACGCGAUCAGUCAGCUACAGAACGGUGCUGUUUCCUUUGUCUGGCAAUACUGUGGAUCUACCAAAAGUGACACUAUUGGGGUGACUGUCAAUCUUGAUGGUGAUCUCGCCAUUUUACAGAAUCAUGUUGUGACUUGGAGCGAGGGUGGAUGUAUCACUGGCUUCGAGAGUAAUAGCAUAUCCAACGCAGUCAUCCAGAAAAAGUCCAGCGUCAGAACGUCCACAUCAUUGACAAAGAAUCAUACUGUUUUGGCUCGAUCUUUCAGCCACAUCAAGUCUCGUGGCCAUAAAAACGCCCACGAUCGAGUUCAUCAACGUCGCUCAACCUGCUCCUACGUCCAAGUUGUAUCUGGAGACUCUUGUGCAUCUCUCGUGACAGAAUGUGGCAUUACCGCGGCGGAAUUGACCGAGUAUAACACGGCUUCUGAUUUGUGCUCUACUUUGACCGUAGGCCAGUAUAUUUGCUGUUCGGCUGGCACCCUACCCGACCUCUCCCCUUCCAUGUACUCAAAUGGAACAUGUUACACGUACAAUGUGCAAUCGGGCGACACAUGCUCUGCUAUUGCUGAAGACUAUACGAUAACGGUCGACGACAUCGACACCUAUAAUUCUGAUACCUGGGGCUGGUACGGAUGCGAUGAUUUGCAAGAAGGCCAAAACAUCUGUCUCUCAAAUGGCACAUCUCCUUAUCCAGUUGCCCUCGCCAACGCCGUCUGUGGACCACAGGUCCCUGGAACAAAUUUUACUGGAACAGAUGGUCCAGACGACUGGGCUGCUUUGAACUCUUGCCCUCUUAAUGCAUGCUGUGAUGUCUGGGGCCAAUGUGGUACCACUCCGGAAUAUUGCAAUGAUACUCUGGCAUCCACCGGGGCGCCCGGAACGGCAGCAGAAGGAUCUGAAGGAUGUAUCUCGAACUGUGGUACGGCGAUCACCAAUGAUGCUGUGGCUCCUUCCUCCUACUCUGCUAUUGGCUACUAUGAAGUGUCAAGCAUGAGUCGGCCUUGUCUGCAGAUGAAUGCUUUCUCUAUCGAUGUUACGAAAUACACACAUGUGCACUUCGCUUUUGGCAACAUCACAUCAAACUUCUCUCUUAGCGUUGAAGGAGCUGCAGAGCAAUUUGGGUAUUUCCAGAAGCUCGAGGACGUCAAACGUAUCAUUUCAUUUGGCGGGUGGGCAUUUUCUACCGACGCUGACACAUAUAUGAUCUUCCGGGAAGGUGUUACGGAGGCUAAUCGCGACACUCUGAUCACCAAUGUGGUUGAUUUUAUCUCCAAUAAUGACCUCGAUGGGGUGGACUUUGACUGGGAGUAUCCUGGCGAGCCUGAUAUUGCUGGUAUCCCAGCAGGUAGCAGCGACGAUGGUGACAAUUACUUGGCCUUUUUGAAGGGUUUGCGCGACGCUCUACCCGACGAUAAGACAAUUUCUAUCGCUGCGCCCGCGUCCUAUUGGUAUCUGAAACAAUUUCCAAUCUCCGAAAUUGCGGAUGUUGUCAGUUACAUAAUCUAUAUGACCUAUGAUCUUCACGGAACAUGGGACCUUGGAGAUGAAUGGGCGCAGGAUGGCUGCCCUGCCGGAGAUUGUCUUUUUUCUCACGUGAAUUUGACUGAGACAAUGUGGUCUCUUUCCAUGAUCACAAAGGCAGGAGUGGCAACCAAUUCUAUCAUGGUUGGUGUGACUAGCUAUGGGCGCUCAUUUCAAAUGACUACAGCAGGAUGCACAGAUUCUUCUUGUACUUGGAGUGCGGCUGGCGAGGCUGGCGAAUGCACCCAGACUGCUGGCUACAUUUCAAAUGCGGAAAUCAACCAAAUCUUAGAUGAUAACUCUGACGCUUAUUCUCUUUUCGACAGUGCUAGUGAUUCGAACAUUGUCGUGUAUAAUGAGACGCAGUGGGUGGGUUAUAUGACCACGACGACCAAGUCCACUCGCACUUCCUACUACAAGACGUUCAAUUUUGCUGGCACAACUGAAUGGGCCAUUGACCUUGAAGAAUUUGUUCCAGCCAGUAUCGUCGACAUCAUCUCCGAUAGCACUGAUCCGUCUUUUGACUAUGAUCUGCCUUGUAUCAAUCUCAUUCCCGGCCAGAAUACAUCAGUCGAACUGGAAGAAUACUUGGAUAUGGGUAUCUCUUAUAUUGACAAAAUCCUGACUUAUGACGGUGAGCCUCACGCAGGAUUAUCUUUCAAGUUGAUAAGCUCAAGGCUGACUCGUCCUUUCUUUCAAGGCGAUGAAGGAGAUUGGGACAGUGUGCUUUUACAGAGGCUUGAAGACUUCAGCUGCGAUUCCUUUCCGGAUGGUGACUGUGGGUUUAUUGAGCCUUAUCAAUGUGGCACUUAUGAUAACACAAAUGUUACCCAAGAGGAGUACUGGGCUCAGUACAUUGUUGCCACGUUUUUCGCAAACUUGAAGCAAUGGUACAGUGCCUUUGAUGGCGCAGUGAUUGAAGAUUCCUUGAAGAUUGAUGAAAUCGUUUCAACAUUCGACCCGGUAACUUCAAGUCCUUUUACUAUGGAAAGUUUUAUGUCAGCUCUUUCAAGUGCAAUGAGCGAUGCUUCCGAAUUUGUGGGAACUUUCCCCGGUUUCAGCGAAGUAAACGCAGCUGUCAGCAUCGCAACGACCGUCAGUAGUCUCAUCUUCAAUGGAGACGCAUCUUUGCCAGAUGAUUCGACGGUGGAAACCGAGAUCACAGACAUUUUGUCCGAACUUUACAGUAGUGUGGCGGGCUACGUGGCCGAUAUUGACACUUAUCUGUUUGAAACGCCUGCCGAAGCAGACAAGCUGCCCUCCGACCUCACAACCGGCACAUACGAGCACCCGGUUUCUAACUACCUUUACAACUCUCGGCCACUUCUCACGCUCACCGCCAGUCAAUGGGACGAAACAAUGGGAAAGAUCAAUGUGACUUUGCAGAAAUAUCUUGUCGGACAAACUAUGGGAGCUGCCGACUACUACAUCCUCAAGAACGGACUGUCCUUGAAUUUGUGCGAUGACGUGGGAUCUUAUGUCAUUAAUGGUAGCUGCUAUCAAUUGGCUUAUCCUGGCGCCGCCAGUUGUAGGCAAGGGCUUUCCUACAGCACCAAUGCCGAUAGCGAUAUCGUCGACACCAUCGUGAAUUCCUAUGACAUCGAGGUCAAGGAAAUGAUCAUUGUCUCGGAGUAUUGUCAGAACGUGACUGGGGAGUAUUUUGGAGCAUUCAAUGGAGACGUCAAAUUCUCGGGUUAUCCCGUGUGUUUUUUCAAUCUGCCAGUACUUGACUUGUUCAAGUCAGCUUCUGUCGCAUGGGAUGGAGUCGAUUCCUGGGAUAGUCCAUGUCUAAACUGGGCGCGCAAUCAGAGUGCCACGGAACCGGUAUUAGGUGUGACAUAUCUCCCAAGCAAUUUGGAAACAUUCUUCGAUGGCACUUACUGUAAGUGUACGUCAAGCGCUGCUUGCAAGCGCUCGGAACUGGGCAAGCGAAUGGUAUGCUAG